UGAUGAAACGAGUUGGCGAUAAAGGCGAGGAAACAACGUACAACGGAAUUGGCCUUACGAGAGUUAUGUCAUGCGCGUGUCCACGAAAGUAUCGUGGUACACGUGAAUGCCCGAUAUAUCCGUCAAAUUUUCGUUAAAGGAGGAGAUAACAGGGGCGCUGGUCACACGUGCUGACUACGAUUGAUUAGGGUCAUCCCCGCGGCAACCGAUGGACAAACACAAAUAAACCGGAGGACACCCUGGAGCGAAGCUGCCUGCGAACCGACCUGUCAGUAGACAGCUGACCGUUUUCUACGCGCAAUAUCCACUUUGAAUUUCCAAACGCUGUAUGGCAGGUCCGAAAAGAAUCGUCUCGAGGGGAAGUUUCCUCGACGAUGCCGUAACGGCGGUAGCCACCAUCGAGGUUUCCACCCUCGAGUCGUAACUGGACCGCGAAGGCCGUGCCUCUAGCCUCCAGCCUCCAGCCUGGCGUCCUAGUUCCACACACAACGCUCGCUUCGAGACCGUAUUAACGAUAUUAAGCUCUCAAUAUAGAGUUGCAGUUGCAGUUAAUCGCGCAGGGGAAUACUGCCGAGUUUCCUUAAAGCGGCGAACUUUUGCGCCGACAAACUGAAACUGAAUGCACCUUCGAUGUCCCUGGGUUGCGAGGACGAGCGAAAGCUGAGCGCCGAUAAGUGAUAUUGCGCGAUAAGCAAGACGCUCGAGGCUUCGAUUUGUAUCGCUAAAAGUAUCUCCCGUGUUCAGACUGAGUUAAUUACUUUUGCCAUUUCCUUUCGAGUUUUGUUCGAAGCUUAUUUGGAAGACGCCCACUCGUUCGCGAUCAUGAUAUCCGGCCGUCGUGUCGCAAAGAUUUGUAUUCUGUACGUUCUAUCGGUGACUUUUGCUGCCUACGGAGUAGAAGACACGUCAAACGGUGACAAACAGAAACCAGCUCGAUCGAGACCGGCAGUAGAGCGCCCUAAGGUGUUACGUCUUAAGAUUAAUCGUCUGACUUGCUUUUGCCUUCUCUUUUUUCUUGCAUGCCACGUCGGCGCGAUGCUUUUUCCCCAAUUAGUUAUAAUUAAUGGUGAGAAGAACGAAGUGGGGAACGCGAGCGUGACCAGCGCUUUGAAGGCUCUGAAGGAGAAGUAUCCGGGUCAUCUGGGCAACGUGUGGUCCGUACAGAUCAACGAAAACGAUUCCAGCGAGAGUCUCGAGACUAUAUGCAACACCUGGAGCUCGGCUAUCAGCAAGGGCGGCGCGACCGUCCCGGAUCUGAUCUUGGACAUGACGAUGGCCAACUUGGGCGCCGAAGCUUCGAGCUCGUUCACCGCGGCCAUGGGGAUCCCGACUUUAUCCGCCCAAUUCGGUCAAGAGGGUGAUAUUCGCUAUUGGAGAGAUCUCAACCUUGAUCAAAAAGACUAUUUGAUUCAGGUAAUGCCACCGAGCGAUCUUCUGCCCGAGGCGAUCCGUCAGUUGGCGAUUCAAAUGAACAUCACCAAUGCCGGCAUCCUUUAUGACAAAAACUUCGUCAUGAACCACAAGUACAAGAGUCUGCUGCUGAACGUGCCGACCAGGCACGUCAUCAACAGUUUGCAGGAUAUGAUCGACAACGUAAAGGAGCAAUUGUCCAAGUUGCGGGACUUGGACGUGGUAAACUAUUUCUUACUCGGCGAUGAAAACACCAUCAGUAUGCUGUUGGACGCCGGGGAAUCGUUGAGCUUUACCGGACGGAAGUACGGAUGGUUUAUUUUGACUCUGGAUGAGGAAUCGUGGCCGAGCUGCGCGUGCGAGAACACCACUAUUUUAUUCAUGAAGCCGGAACCGCCAGUGGUGAGCGAUGAAAAAAAUCAAGCGGAAUUUGUUGUAAGGGAUACGCUCCAGAAACCGCUUAUCACGUCCGCCUUUUAUUACGAUUUGACUCUGUUGGGUAUCAGCGCGAUGAAGUCGGCUUUGGACAACGGCGACUGGCCCUUGAAACCCCAUCAUAUCGACUGCAACAGCUACGACGAGACGAACACGCCGACGAGAGGCCUGGAUUUCCUGGCUAAACUGAUGGCAGUCUCGAAAAAUAUGACGCCGACGUACGCCAAUAUUACCUGGGGCAGGAAGAACGGGGAGCAUCACGCGGACUUUAAGAUGAUCGUAUAUAUGGUGAACAUCGAAAAGGAAAAGAUUACGUCGAAGGAGGAGAGCGGAGAAUGGCAGGCGGGCAUCGAGGUGCCCUUGCAGGUUACCAACGACAAGAUCAUGAACAACACCGCGGUGACGAGCUACAGGGUGGUCGCCGUGCAACAUCCACCCUUCAUGAUGUACAAUAAUCGAACUGGGACGUGGUACGGCUUCUGCAUCGAUCUGCUGGACGCGAUUCGCGAAACUGUGCCGUUCGAGUACGAAGUACGCGAGGUGGAGGACCACGAGUACGGUUCGCUAAGCGAGAACGGCAGCUGGACCGGAAUGAUGAGAGAGCUGAUAGAUAAACGCGCCGACAUCGCCCUGAGUUCGUUCUGGGUCAUGGCGGAACGAGAAAAAGUCAUAGACUUUACGGUGCCCUUUUACGACCUGGUCGGCCUGACGAUCGUGAUGCAGAAAACGAACCCGACGACGUCGCUCUUCAAGUUUCUCACGGUGCUAGAGAACGAGGUCUGGCUCUGCAUCCUGGCGGCGUACUUCUUCACCAGCUUCCUCAUGUGGCUAUUCGACCGUUGGUCGCCGUACAGCUACCAGAAUAAUCGUGACAAGUACAAGGACGACGAUGAGAAGAGGGAGUUCAAUAUCAGGGAGUGCUUCUGGUUCUGCAUGACCUCCCUGACCCCCCAGGGUGGUGGCGAGGCGCCGAAAAAUUUAUCAGGAAGAUUGGUGGCGGCUACAUGGUGGCUCUUCGGGUUCAUCAUCAUUGCGUCUUACACAGCUAACUUGGCAGCUUUCCUCACGGUGUCCAGGUUGGAGAUACCUAUCGAGACCUUGGAGGACCUGAGCAAACAGUACAAAAUACAAUAUGCGCCUAUCGCCAACUCCCCGGCGUACGUCUAUUUCCAGAGAAUGGCAGACAUCGAGACGCGCUUCUACGAAAUUUGGAAAGAUAUGAGCCUGAACGAUAGCUUGUCGGACGUAGAAAGGGCGAAACUAGCCGUCUGGGACUAUCCUGUUAGCGACAAGUAUACAAAAAUGUUUCAAGCCAUGAAAGAAGCUGGCUUUCCAGCCGAUAUCGACGAAGCGCUAAGGCGAAUUCGACAGGAGGAUCAGUACGCGAACAAUGAAUUCGCUUUCAUCGAGGACGCUUCGACUAUCAAGUAUCUUGUCAUGACGAAUUGCGAUCUGACUCAAGUCGGAGAGGAAUUUUCAAGGAAACCCUAUGCUAUCGCCGUCCAACAGGGCUCACCGCUAAAGGAUCAAUUUAACAAUGCGAUUCUCAUACUGUUGAACAAGAGAAGAUUGGAGAAAUUGAAGGACAAAUGGUGGAAGCAGAAUCCUAUGAAAAAGAAUUGCGAGCUAGAAAAUAAUCAGAGCGAUGGUAUCAGUAUUCAAAAUAUUGGCGGUGUGUUCCUCGUAAUUUUUGUGGGCAUCAUCUUCGCUUGCUUCACAUUAGCCUUCGAGUAUUGGUAUUAUCGGCACCGUGCGAAAGUCAGCGUACAUCAAGUUACGCCCCCGAAAAUGAAAAUGGCGAAGGGAAUUAAGUCAAUUCGGUUCGAUUUGCAUCCUGCCCCUACACAUGCGUUUCAAAAAAUCUCGCAAUUUAGAUCGAGAUUUUAGGUUGAAACAUUCAGAGAGGAUUUAUUUGAGACUAUAAGUAUGAAGCUGUCGCACAAAGGGAUAAAAGCGUUUUUAGACGACCGUGUCAAUUUUAUAUUAAUGAGAUAUUAGACAAAAUUCAUGAAUCUUCAUGAAUUUUUAUAUUGGUGUGACGCACAGUAAAGCGGUCGUCAUAAAAUACAGUAACAUUUUUAUAGGAUCCAUUUGCAUGUUUUUAGCAUAUAAACUCCGCGCUAAAUGUUUGUGGUUUUAGAUAACUUUAAAGAAAGGUUUAAUUGCGGAAUUCUUGGACAAAGAGAGAUAAAUAAAUUUAUAGGAGUGGAAGAUUUAAAACUGA